CUAACAUGUCUAAAAGUGGCCUGAUAGUUUUAUUGACAACCAAUAUAAUUCGCUGCGUCAUCAACCUUUGUAAGCCGUCCUCAUACGCGGUUGUCUGAUCCGGGAUAUGAAAAGAAUGGUCAUGUCGAACUGCUAGUCUUCUGUAUCCGUACCUCCUGCUCGGAGUCCAUCUGGAAAAUAGAAGAGAAUAGCGAGGAGGCGAAGGCGAAGUGAAACAAGAUCAUGCUAACUUCUUCAUCUUCAGCGUCUUUGUUGACGGAACCGUCGCACGCCAGAAGUAGCACGAGCAGUCCUAGAAGGAGGAGACGCGGUCAACAUGCAAGGACAACGCGUCGGCUAGUCAGCGCUUUAGCACUCGCACCUCUCGUCCAAGUCAGCGGCAUCGCUUUCUACCAAGACCCUCGCGAAAUCAACUGCUUCUACGUAGCCGCAGUGACUGGUGCGCAAAGUGUCCAACUAAAUUACGAGGUAGACCAUGUCGAUGGCGGAUCACCCGGUGUGUCAUUUAGCGUCCACAACCGGAAAAAACCAGAGCAGAAAUUGGCGUCGAGUCAGGAUAGCAAGCUGCAGAUCCAUCUGGGUGCAGACGCGCUGCAGAAGGGGAGUGUUGGGUAUAAUCAAUCUUAUGACUGAUACCUUUAGAUCUUGUAGAAGGUAGAUAAGGUUAAGGAAAUCUUCUUCUUCUUCAAUGAUCAUCGGGGACAUUUUUCAUCUUAUUCUUAAGACUUCUGACCCAACAGUUGUCCGUCUGAUCUCACAGUAGUAUCGCGUGGGAGAAGUAGAUGGGAAACUUAUUUGUGAUGAACGCAGGUCCGACAUGACUCUCGCAAUUUGUUUUGAGGCGACGCAUGGAUCCGGAAGACAACUUGUGAACCUAGACGUAGCCGAAGAGGGCUAUCAAAGCGGAUAUCCAGCAACCAUGACGCACGCGGAGAGAACGGCAGCAUUGGCGAAUCAAAUGACAGGGAAAAUUAUGGUCCGAAGUGUAAGUGUGGAUGGAACGUCGUGGAUUGAAGUAGAUGACUGUGUGGUUUUUCGCAGUCCAAAUCAUAGUCAACUAGUCCAACACAAUGCUCCAAACCCAAUAUAAUUCCUGGUGCGACCGAUUUUCCUCUAAUCCCGUGGCACACAUCCGUAGCCAACAAGAGUUUUCCCUCACGCGUGAAGCCAUACGCAAGGAAGGUGUCGAGAGUCUGCGAGCAUACACCAUGUACUGGAAAGCGGCAGAGGCGUUGUGCGUGUUUGUCUUCGCUUUCAUGCAGGUCUCAGUCUUGAGGGGCUAUUUUGAGACGAAGGCCUGUGUGUAGGAAGCUUUUCAGAAGGGGCGAGUCGCGUCGUGUGGAGGUGCGUGUAGUGAAAAUAUGAGAAGUAGGAGUAAAAGACUUCUCUUUCUCUAUCGGCGUAUUAAUGUGUGUUGAAUGAUAUCUCUUUUCCUUUUGACUCCGCCAAACACUACACCGAGAAUGAUUAUAGCACUUAGUUCAAACAAACACGAGUAAUCGAGAUCUACUGCGAAUAUCACCAGAAACCGAUAAGCAUCUUUUUUAAGCCAUUGAAGUCAACCAUGUUGACAUGGUGUGUAUUUGACGAGAAUUCGCUUCCUGAGGUAGGAGGAGUGAUGGCCGCUAUCGAACUCACCUAAAUGGAAAAAUGGGGCACGUGCAAAGCGAACAAAUUAGGCCAAGAAACGGUAUAUGAGCAGCCUAACUAUCAA